AUGGCGGCUCCCCCCGAUCUCAUCAGCAACCAAGCCGACGCGGUGCUGGGCACCAUCGUCUCCCUCCUCCCAACAAGAGACGGCUGCCGCACGCAGGUGCUCUCCCGCCGCUGGCGCCACAUCUGGCGGUCCGCGCCGCUCAACCUCGCCGCCGGCCGCCGCGGACGGAACGGCCGACUACCUGAUUAUAAUAUCUCCAAGAUUCUCUCCAGCCACCUCGGCCCCGUCCGCCGCAUCCACAUCAUCGGCAUCGGCCCCCUCUGGUACCGCACGCGGCGGCACGAGGUUAUCGAUGAAGCCGCCGGUGACGCUAGGAUCGAUGGCUGGGUCGGCUCCUGGGAAGUCGUCGCCGGGCUCGAGGUGCUCGACCUCUGCUACAGCUACCACGGCGAAGUGCUUCCGCCAUCGGUGUUCCGCCUCGCGCCCGCGCUCCGCGUGGCCUCCUUCACCCGCUGCCACCUGCCGGCCAACCUGGUCGUGGAUUUCCCGUGCCUCGAGAGGCUCAGCCUCUACAGCGUCACCUUGACGGAGGAGGCUCUCUGCGCCAUGCUCUCCGGCUGCCCUGCGUUGAGGAGCCUCCUUCUGGAGAAGAAUGUGGGCUUUGAGCGCCUCCGUAUCAGCUCCCCGACUUUAAGGAGCAUCGGCUUCUAUUACUCCCGCGCCCCUAAGGCCCAAGAGCUUGUGAUCCACGACGCCCCUAGCCUUGACAGGUUGCUUCUGCUUGACCUCGACUUCGGCUACCCGUCUUCCAGAAACACUAUCCGGCUUGUUCAUGCUCCCAAACUCAAGAUACUAGGUUGGCUAAGUAAUACCAUGUCUCAGCUCCACCUUGGAACCACAGUUUUUCAGAACAUGAUCGCUGCUAGCUUGACAACCACAAUGCCCGCGGUGAAGGUUUUAGCUCUUGAUUAUGUUGGUCCUGAUUUGGAUCCAGUUUUGGACAUCCUUAGGUGUUUCACAUGCUUGGAGAGCCUGUAUAUCUCGCUAGAUUAUAUUCCGCCAAACUAUAGGAAAAAUGUAAGGACGUAUGCCUCACCAUAUGAUCCAGUUGAAUGUCUUGAGUUUCAUCUUAAAAAAGUGGCAUUUACGCGCUACCUUGGUAUGCCUAUUGAUGUUGAACUUGCAAGAUUCUUUCUUCUGAAUGCAAAAGUGAUAGAGAAAAUGGAAUUUGGACUCAUUGAAUACAUCAAGGAUGAAUGGAAGGCUAAUCAAAACACACUUCUACAAUUACAAGACGGAGCCUCUCGUGAUGUUCGAUUUGAAUUCAAAAGGUUAAAUUCAGAUACUUUGAGCAAUAAAAACAAGAACGAGCGGACCCAUGAUCUGUCAAUGGCUGAUCCAGUAGGUUCCUCCUUCUAG